GCUAGCGGACUCGCUUACCGCCGCCGUACUUUCAGUAAGAAGCCAGUGUAUAUCGCACCAGAUCUUCGGGGAUUUUAGAAAUUUUUCACAAUGAAGAACAUCAAGAUGCCAUCCUGACGUCCACUCGGGGGUCAACGACGCUCUGUCGGCGACUGACAUGGAUGCAAGUGACAUUAAGGACGAAUGCAAAAAUCCCAAGUUGUUGUGAGCUGUGCGUUUGUGGAUGUGAAACUUUCAGCCGAAGUGGAACCAUUCAUCCCACAGAAAAAAGGUCUCGAAGGAUCCCUGAUCAGUAUGAGUCUUCUCGGAGAGCCAGCAAGUGGAGGAGGAGGUGGUGAAGGCAUACGAGGGAGUAAUGGAGGGGUUGAAACCACUCCUAUACCGAGCUACCUCAUCACCUGUUACCCUUUUGUGCAGGAGAACCAACACAACAGGCAACAUCUAAUGUACAAUGGAGGGGAGCCGCGCUGGCAGCAGCCUAACCCAAGCCCUGGUGGUCCCUACCUUGCCUACCCAAUCAUGUCCUCCCCUCAGCCACAUGUGUCCAAUGACUAUGCCUACUACCAGAUUAUGCCUGCCCCGUGUCCCCCAAUGAUGGGAUUCUACCAAACAUUCCCUGGCACCUAUGCAGGGCCACUGCAACCUGGGGUUGUUAACCAAGUUUCGGCAGAUGUUGGUGAUAGGACUCUCCCUGUUGUGCCAACUUAUGGGAUGACAAAUCAACGAGAAAGAGGCAUGGUCCAACCUAAUCUCCCAAAGCAUCAGGUAAGUGUUUGCCAGCCUCCGAGGGGUCGCCGUCCCCCACCCAGGAAUGUAAUGAUCCAGAAGGAGGUGUGCACAAUUGGACCUGAUGGUAGAAGUAAGAAAGUUCUACUGGUGGAUGCAGCUCAGCAGACAGAUUUCCCAAUUGAGGUGUCCGGGCAGUGUACUGCAGAGCAGGCCAGUCCCCUGCUGUGGAAGAACCGAACAAAGAAGCUGCAGUCAUCUAAUCUGUCUGAAAGCUACUAUGAUCAGAGCACCAGUGAGGCGGAUAUAGACAGCGACAGUGGCUACUGUAGCCCCAAACAUAACCAGGCAGCAGGGGUAACACAGCGAACAAUGGAGACCUCUACAACAUCCACAGUAUGGCAAAAGGGGGUUGAGACUGGUGUAAUGACAACAGGUACAUGGGCAAAUGUAGCUUCUCAGGCUACCCAUAAUUCCUGGGGAGACAGGAAUGGCCAAUUUCACAGAGCAGACCACAGGAAGAAUCAUGAACAGAGGAGCUUCACACAGGAUUUUCAUAGUGGUUGUCCAAAGCAUGUUCAGACAAACCAGUCAGAACAAAGACUGCAGCCAGUGGUGGCCACAAAUGAUGGGCUUAAUCCAAAGCCUCUUUACUUUGAGGAUGAAGAUGAGUUCCCAGAUUUACCCACUUUAAGUGCUACCCAGCGUGGCACCAAAGUAGAACCAACUCCAGCCAUGACGCAAAUGCAGCCUAAACUACAUAAAAACGUGAUAGAACACCUACCACAGAACUCCCCUAUCAGCAUUGUGCAGACACCAAUCCCAAUUACCACAUCUGUUGCCAAGAGAGCCAAAAGCCAUAGGAAAAAGGCCCUGGCUGCUGCCUUGGCCACUGCUCAAGAAUACUCUGAGAUCAGCAUGGAACAGCAGAAAUUAAAGGAGGCGCUCACCAAGACAGCAGGCAAGAAGAGCCAAACUCUUGUCGAGCUGGACUUAGGAGACAUGCUGGCAGCAUUGGCUAAAGAGCAGCAGUCGAUGAAGGCCAGACAACUCACCAAUACCAAGCCAUUGUGUUUUACAGUUGGAACAACUGCUUCAUUCCACAGAUCUGGUUCUACUAACUUUGCAGCCAUGUUGAAGGGUCAUCAACAACCACACUUGGCCUCCUCUAACACUAUGGAUUCUAGUGCUCCUCGUAUAAAACGAGCAAAGGAGCGGGAGAUCCCUAAAGUCAAGCGACCGACUGCCCUAAAGAAGAUUAUUUUAAAGGAGCGAGAAGGCAAAAAAGGCAAAACACACACAGAUCAAGAGUCAUCCGGCCAAGAAGAGCACGAGAACGAUUGUUUACAUUUUACUGAAGAUCUAUCGCAGGAACCUGCAUCUCAAGAAGAAAACGGUCUCAGUGUUCCCAGUGACACAUCGCUGUCCCCCGCCAGUCAGAAUUCUCCAUACAGCAUCACCCCUGUGUCCCAGGGUUCUCCUUCAAGCUCUGGCAUCGGUAGUCCCAUGGCUUCCAACACAAUUACAAUAAUACACAGUCGACGUUUCCGAGAGUACUGUAGCCAAGUGUUGAGCAAGGAGAUAGAUGAGAGUGCAACAGUGCUGCUACAGGAACUGGUCCGCUUUCAGGAGUGUGUGUACCAGAAUGACCCCAAUGAUGCAAAGUCGGAGCGCCGUCUCGUCAUGGGUCUCAGAGAGGUCACUAAGCACAUGAAGUUGUCUAAGAUAAAGUGCGUCAUUAUCUCUCCCAACUGUGAAAAGGUCCAAGCCAAAGGUGGCUUGGAUGAAGCUCUGUACAAUGUUAUUGCUAUGGCCAGAGAUCAGGGGAUUCCAUUCGUGUUUGCCCUAGGCAGAAAAGCGCUGGGGCGCUGUGUCAACAAACUGGUUUCUGUUACCGUUGUUGGCAUCUUCGACUAUUCCGGAGCUGAGGGUCUGUUUGACCAUCUUGUGUCGCUAACAGAAGAGGCUCGAAAGGCCUACAAGGUAAUGGUAUCAGCUCUUGAACAGGAGAAAGCUGAGGAGAAACAUGUCAAAAAAGUGGGACAUACACGCAACCACUCUGCUGCUUCUGCGGUUUCCUUUUGCUCCUUCAUCUCUGAGCCCAUCUCAGAGGUCAAUGAAAUGGAGUAUGAGACCAACUGGAGAAGUAUGGUGGAAAAUUCAGAUGCCCCGGAGCCAGUUGAGCCUGAAAAAUGUUGCGCUCCGCUCAAAGACAAUGAGACCCCAGAGGUUUCCACAAGUGCUGUCUCGCCCAGCACCAUUGCCGUGUUAGGGAGGGCCGUCCCACAGGGUAACGGGGAGCAGGACGAGGUCCGCACCGAUGACCGCCUGGAGCUUGCCUCUCAGCAGAGCACAGAGACGGGAUCGCUAGAUGGCAGCUGUAGGGGCCCACUAAAUUCCUCCAUCACCUCCACUACCUCUACCUUGGUUCCCGGGAUGUUGGAAGAGGCGGACGAGGAGGACGAGGAGGAAGAGGACUACACACCUGAGCCUAUCUCGGAGGAGGUGCCUACCCUCAGCAGCCGUAUUGAGUCGUGGGUGUCAAAGACCCUGGAGAACCUGCAGCUGAGAAAAAGCCAGGACAGCACAGAGGAGGAUGAAGAAGAGGAGGAUGACGACGAGAGCGUGCAGAGCGAGGAUGAGGAGGGCUUAGUUUCAGCUGAUUUGCCAGAUAUGAAAGUGGAGAGCAAAGACCUGGUGGAGGCUAAGAAGGUCAUAUCCUGAGUUCACUUCUCAUCCUCAUCUUUUGCUUUCCUUUGUUUCCGUCACAUGUUCUCAUCGCAAAAACCAGCUGCUGUUCUCAUGGCAUCGUCAAGGCCUGACCCUAGACCUCACCUCAGGUAUUGUCACAACAGACCAACUCAAACACGGUCAAGGACCAAACAGCAGCAGGUUUAUGUGAAAAAGGAGAUCUUUUCAACCCUCUCCUGUUCAACCCCCAUAGCCUGCAACACUUGAAUUCGGAAGAAACUUUUUUUUUUCGAUUUUCCUCAUCCGAAGUUGAACUCUCUUGAGUCAUUUCUGGGAGAAAGUGUAAAGAACAGUGGCAAACCAGCGAUCAAACGCAGCAGAAGGGAUGUUGCAACUUUUCUGCUCCUGUGUUAAUUUAACACAGAACACUUAAAGCUAUGUAUAUAUGUGUGUGUGUGUGUGUGUAUAUAUAUAUAUAUAUAUAUAUACACACAUAUAUAUUGUGUGUGUUUACAAUCGCAUAGCUUACUUUAGUUUGCUGUGUUUUAUUAGCUUUACUUUUGUACAUAUAUGAGCGCUUCUCAAACUCACUUCUCCAUGAGGGAGAGAAGGAAGAUUUUUUUUUUUUUUGAUCGCUUGGCUGCCGUUUAGUUUUACAGUAUCUGUGCAUGGCUGGAAAUUCCAUCAGUCUUCUGAAAGUGUUUUUUAAUGUUUAAAUAACCAUUGUUGAUUACGAUAAAAUUAACUUCUAAGAAGCUAAACAGCUGUGUUUAGGUGUACUGGUUUGUCAUGUUUUUCAUGUCUUAAGCUUUUGGAUGCUGUCAGUGUUUCAUAAAAAAGUGUUGUCGUUUUUUUCUUUAGUAGGACUUUCUACUAAAAGAGUUGUUCCAAGUUGUCUCUUAAGAAAGCUGGGGAGUGCUCUCAUGCGGUUAUAAUGCUGCAUUUAUCGAAUUUGUAUAAUAAUGAAUUCAAAAUCAAUCAAAGAAAACCUAGUUAUGGCUCUGUGGUCUUGAGAUAGGCCUAAUAGGCCUAUUCCAUUAACCAUUGCCACUGUUUAAAAAGACAACUACCAGUUUUUUGAAGCCAUUUUACAUGUUAAUCUAAUCAAGUGAUGUUUGAGCGUAUUGAAAUAGUAUUUUUAAUUCGAUAAUGUCUGCUUUUUCUAUUGCCAUCAUAUCAUCAAAGUGUUUCCAACUCCAAGGGUGUAUGUACUGCACUAUAUACAGUAAGUCUUGUGAUCAGUAUAGCAAAAACUAAAUUAACAAACUGGUUUAAUGAACUGUGUGUGUGUGUGUGUGUGUGUGUGUGUGUGUGUGUGUGUGUGUGUGUGUGUGUGUGUGUGUGUGUGUGUGUGUGUGUGUGUGUGUGUGUGUGUGUGUGUGUGUGUGUGUGUGUGUGUGUGUGUGUGUGUGUGUGUGUGUGUGUGUAUAUACACAGAAAUAUGUACAUGUAUAUAUUCAUGCGUGUAUAUACACAUGUAUGUAUGUAUGUAUAUAUAUAUAUAUAUACAUGCGUAUAUAUACACAUGUGUAUAUAUAUACAUAUAUAUGUAUAUAUAUAUAUGUGUGUUUAUAUAUAUAGUGUGUGUGUAUAUAUAUAGUUUGUGUUUGUGUGUAUAUAUAUAUAUAUUGUGUGUGUGUAUAAAUACACACACAUUUUUUUGUGUGUGUAUAUAUGUAUAUAUACACACAUAAAUGUGUAUGUAUAUAUACACACAUGUGUGUAUGUAUAUAGUGUGUGUAUAUGUAUGUAUAUAUAUAUAUAUGUGUGUGUGUGUAUAUAUAUUAUACAAAUUAUUGACUUUCCACAGAACAUCACUGGCGACAUUGUAAGAGGCUAUUUGUUUGUCAUAACACUUGCGCUCGCUCCUAAAUCACAUGGACUGAUGAUUAACGUCAUUAAAAUGUUUAAUUCUCAUGGAUGUCUGUCUCUAUUAUGAAAUUACACAACCAUAAAGGUUAUUCAAUUUGCAAUCAAUGUGACAUUUUAAGGUGCGAGGAAAAUACUUUCUGCGAUUUGGAAUUGUAAUCCUUAGAUCUGGAUAUAUAUUGGGCCAUUUAUUUUUUUGUGUUAUAGUUUAGUCGCCGUUUUGUGUGUGUGUGUGUGUGUGUGUGUGUGUGUGUGUGUCUUUUUAUUGAUGAAAACAGUGACGCUACAUUUUUUUCGUACAAGGCCUAAGUAUUGAGUUUUUCGUUCAGAUCUGACACUUGAGAAUAAUGCAUGAAAAUCGAUCUUCUCAUGCCCAUCAUAACUAAGCGAAUACUCUUGAAUCUUAACUGCAAUGUAUGUAUGUCUUGGGGUUUUUU